ACGCUCUCUUUCCACUUUGUCCGGGCGACGAAGGAUAACGAUGGUCCCCGGGUUCGCUAGGGCCCUUCAUCCCAGAUUCAGAACUCACGGCUUUCAUCUCCAGUCGUAACCAGUACUUACUAGUACAGUAUUUGUUUGUGACAUUCGAAUGUUAGCCUGGCCUCGAUCUCUUUCUUGCCGGACACAACAUCAUCCUAGCACAGGAUAAGCUGGACUUGAUCUGCUAGCAGCCCAAGCACCUGAACGUUAGAGGCACCCAAGAGGUAGCUGACCACCAGAAUGGCCGGUCAUUCAACCUCAACAAAAUUGAAACCACAACCGGCAUCAACAUGGCCAACCUACAUGCUCGGAACUGCUAUCCUGGCAGCCAUAAUAGCCCUUGUCGCCCUCGGUGACCCUCUCAAUCUGCAACUGACGCUUCUAGACUGGACAUCGGCGUCGACGUUCACGUCAAUUGCACAACGCAUGAGCCCGAUCGAGCCGACGGACUACAUGGCCCGGGCAAAGCGUCUGCUUCAAGGUACGCCGUUGAUCGACGGUCACAACGACUUCCCUUAUCUUCUGAGACAGCAGCUGCACAACCAGAUCUACGACCACGACUUCGACAGCGAGCGCAUCGGAAGCCACAGCGACUUCCAGAAGAUGAAAGACGGCAUGAUGGGCGGGCAGUUCUGGUCCGUCUACGUGCCAUGCCCGGAAGAUCUGGUCCCCGGCGUCGACCUGAGUGACCCGAACAAGCGUGUUCCAGACCUCAAUGAACCAAAUUGGGCGGUCCGAGACACGCUCGAGCAAAUCGACAUCACCAAGCGUCUGGUGGCUCACUACCCGGCUCUCCUCGAACUCUGCGUCGAACCUUCAUGUGUCCGUCGCGCCCACAGAAAAGGCAAGAUAGCCAGCAUGAUCGGUGUGGAGGGAGGCCACCAAACGGGCAAUUCACUCGGUUCUCUGAGGCUGUUCUUCGAAAGCGGCGUCCGAUACAUGACGAUAACUCAUAAUUGCGACAACGCCUUUGCGACAUCCUGGGUCAGCGUGGAUUUGGAAAGUGGCAAAGACGCUGGGCUCACCAAGUUCGGCGCCGACGUCAUUCGCGAAAUGAAUCGCCUCGGCAUGCUGGUCGAUUUGAGCCAUGUCUCGCCAAACACGAUGCGAGAUGCGCUGAAAGUGGCCCGGGCACCUGUCAUUUUCUCACAUUCUGGUGCUUACAGCGUGAACAAGCAUCUGCGCAACGUUCCCGACGAUGUCCUUGCGGCCGUCAAACGCAACGGAGGGAUAGUCAUGGUGCCCGCGAUCACCUUCUUCAUGAAUUGGGAGCAUCCAGAAGAAGCGACACUGGAAGAUCUGAUUGACCAUAUCCUCUGGAUUGCCGAUAAAGCCGGAUGGGAGCACGUUGGCUUGGGAUCUGAUUUCGAUGGCUCGGCUUCUGUUGUGAAGGGUCUUGAGGAUACAUCGCAGUGGCCGAACCUGAUCGCAAGCCUUCUGGCUCGUGGUAAUGUUACUGAUGCGCAGGUGAAGAUGUUGCUCGGCGACAAUCUAUUGCGCGUCUGGGAAGAAGCCGAACGGUUGGCGAAGAAGUUUCAGAGCCAGGGAGAGCUGCCCUGCGAGGAAAACUGGGAAGGAAGAGUGUGGGAAACUGUAAACCAUGACCCCCCGAAACUGUUUCCGGGGAAAUGAAGACUGUUUCUUGCUGAGAGGAGGUAGCCGGCUGCUGGUGGAUGAAGGUCCUUAAGAGGCCCUGGUACCUACCAAAAGGAGUGUCUGGUCGUAAAGAGCGGUGGCCAGCAACUUGUGAAGUCGACGUUGCCCCCCAAUGACAGUACUCUACCCUCUAGCCAAAUUGUGCGUGUACAGUCGAUGUUCCUUGGACAAUUCAGCUCGCGAGUGGUGGCCAAACAGGACACAUGAAAAUGUCG